AUGUCAUCAUCAGCUGGUGGCCCUGCUCUACUCAAAAGGCGUUCAGCCAAGCCACUCACUGGAAACCUACGACUACGGAGGCUCACAAAAGCAUAUCUUGAACCUCUAGAUGACAACAAAGAAUUAUCACCAACAGUGGUUAAAAUCGAUCAAAUAUAUGAUUUGACGCAAGAACUGAUAGUACAAUGUCAGAGUGUAACAAGUGGAUUAUUUCCGAGAUACUCAAAAGAUCGAGAUGUUGGCUAUGUGAAAGACAGUAUUUACUGUGCAAUGGCUUGUUGGGCAUGCUCCGUAGCAUAUAAAAGACUGGAUGAUGAUCGGGGACGUCAGACAGAAUUGAGGCAAACUGCAGUGAAAACUAUGCGAGGAAUUCUGUUUUCUUGGAUGCAGCAAAGCAGCAAUUUGGAUUCUUUCAAAUCUCAAAAUUCGUCGGAGUUCGCACUCCAUGCUCGAUUUGAUCUUUCGUCCGGAAUGUGUCUCGUAACUCCCAACGAUUCUCAUUAUGGACAUCUUCAAAUGGAUCUUGUUGCUCUAUAUUUACUCACUUUGGUUCAAAUGAUUUCUGCUGGUGUUAAAGUAAUUUACACUCAUCACGAAGUUAAUUUCAUCCAAAAUCUCGUGUUCUACAUCGAACGUACCUACCGUACACCUGAUUUUGGAAUGUGGGAAAGAGGAACACGGUACAAUAAUGGAAAACCAGAAUUGCAUGCUAGUAGUUUAGGUACUGUGAAAGCCGCAUUGGAAGCUAUAAAUGGAUUCAAUUUGUACGGAAGUACUGGAACUUCUGCUUCAGUCAUUUACGUGGAUAUUGAUGGUCACAAUCGUAAUCGAACUACUUUUGAAACGAUUCUUCCACGUGAAAGUAACUCUAAAAAUACUGAUGCUGCUUUACUCUUGACUGUUGGAUGGCCUGCUUUCGCCACUCAUGAUGAGACACUCUUUGAAAAAACGAUGAAAAAGUGUGUUAGAAGACUGGAAGGAAGAUUCGGACUGCGAAGAUUUCAUCGAGAUGGAUAUCGAACCGAGUUGGAAGAUAACAGCAAAAGUUUCUAUGAUGAACACGAAACUGCUCAAUUUCAAAGCGUCGAAUCGCAGUUUCCAAUAUUUUUGGCUUGCAUCUCACUAACUGCAUACAUUCGGGCAAAUCAAGAGUAUGGUGACAUCUAUUUCAAAAAACUUCAAAAGUGUCUCGUGGCUGAUGACUCUGUGCCAGGCGGAUACAUUGUUCCUGAAUGUUAUUGCGUUGAUGAGUUCCUGAUGGACAAAGAACGAUCUCAGCCAAACUCGACUGAACUCUAUGCGUUAAGCCAUCAAGAGUUCGGGCAUCAUUUGUGGAGUAAUGCUAUUUAUAUCAUUCUGAUGCUCAAAAGAGAAGGACUCAUUCAUUCUGGAGACAUAGAUCCAAUCAAUCGUCAUCUUCCUGCCAGUCAACGUCCGAAGAUGUUCAAUCGCCACUCUGCUUUUCAGGGAAGUAUGGAAGGAGAUCCGGUUGUACAGGUGGCACUCAUAUCGGAGUCUUCUCGUCUUCAAAUGAUGUUAUCCACUUAUGGAAUCACAACACAAACACCUCACGAAGUGGAACCGGUUCAAAUAUGGCCAAGUUGGAGGAUGGUCAAAGUGUUCGAAUGUUUGGGACGAGACAAAAAGAUGAAUCUGUCUGGACGGCCACAACGCCCAUUUGGUCCAUUGAGUACUUCAAAGGUUUUUCGAGUAUUCGGUGAUACUGUACUUUGUUAUCCUCUUCUUUUUGAAGUCAAAGAUUUUUAUGUCAGUUCGGAUCCUGCAGUACUCAUUGAUGAUAUCAAAAGAGAUAUUGAAUUCGUUGCGAGAAGAUGGAAGUUGGCGGGACGACCAACAAUGUGUGUUGUGUUGAGAGAAGAAAAUGUAGCUGGAGAAUACUUUGAUCACAUUUUGGACCUUCUUGUUCAGUUGAAAAACGGUCAUAUCAAUGGAAUACGUGUCAGAUUGGGAAGAGUUCAUCAACUCCUCAAUUCGUGCUGUAUUGAGCAUAUUGAUUUCGCCAAUUCGGAUGAUCUAGAAUUUGAUAUUGACAUAAUGGAAGAAACUCAUGACAACUCUGCAAUUUUCUCCAGAUUGAGCUUGAAAGAAGGUAUCGACGAUGAAAUGACUCAUGAAAAGGAUGUCACUCCGAAAACCGACCAUGAGUUAUAUCAAAUAAUUGAGAAAGAUGAUAUGGAACGUCCAAGAUUAUUGGCAUUCGCCAUCUGGAUUCUGUGGUCAAGAACCCAUUCCGACUUGCUGGUACACAAUUACACACUAAAAGAACGCCUAGAAAAAGUUUACCGUCGUUCCUGUCAACUUCGUCUCUGGUGGUUGGUUCGAUACUGUGCUGGACGUCUUCAUAAAGCAAUGAACUCUCUUGCUCCUGCCAUCACGAAUAUGCUUGUUCGUGGAAAACAAAUUACUCUCGGAGUUCGUAAUCGCCCUGGUGCUCGUGAAGAAAUCAUUGUUCGGCCAAUUGCACCAAGUGAUUUGAAUCGACUACUGUUCGAGUGUUGUCCUCCUGAUGAACCACAAACCGCAGUUUUUCAUCAAGAAUUGAUUAUAGCUUGCUCCGAUCUGAUGUCUCAUAAUCCUCAAGUCUUCGAAGGUGUUCUCACAAUUCGUCUUUCUUGGCUUUCAGAUGCGAUCAGUAUGCUUCUGAACUACGUCAGAGCAACUGGUGCGUUGAAGAUCCCAGGGAUAAUCACAGGAACACCACCAACACCUGGUACUACUGGAAUACCUACAGAAUUGGACUUUAUUCGGAAACUGAUUCGUACCAAAUACCGCCGCGAAAAAAUCAUUGAGGAAUUCAAGAAGAGUUGCAUCUACGAUCUAUCUCCAACUGUUGUGAAGGAUGUAGUAACUGCUCUGAUGACAAGAACUAAUUGGCAUUUGCUCUCUUCUCAUCAAACUCGUCGUCUGAAUGGAGCACUGAAUCGAAUGCCUGUGAACUUCUACGAUCGUGUUUGGACAAUUCUAGAGCGGUCAAAACAUGGAAUCAUAAUUGCCGACCAAUUCCUUCCUCAACAACCGACCUUAAGCGAUAUGACACGAUUCGAACUGACAUUUUCCUAUAAAAUUGAGGCGAUGCUUAGUAGAAUCUCGCAUCCAGAGUAUAGACAGUUGUUAGUUGAGCUUCUGUCCAUAAUUGCAACCAUUUUGGAAAGAAAUCCGGAAAUCGCCUUCACUCAAUCACGGAUUGAUUGUGAUAGUCUGAUCAAAAAAGGAUUCGCAAUGUUCGCAGCAGAGGAGGGCAUCAAGGAUCUAAACGAUUUGACACCAUUUUAUCAGCUCGAAGGACAAGCUCUAUCCACCUCCACUGCCACAUUCUUGACAAAGGCGGUCGUGGAGUUCAUUUUGGCUGGACGUCACUUCUCACAAGUCAUCAACAUUUUUGGCGAAGGAACUCCCGAAGACAGAACGCUGCCAAGCCAAAUUCAUCGUGGAAAAAUGCCGAAAAUUUUAUACACUGGACGCGCGAGUAGUGAAAAUAAGAAACGUCACAUCGGAGGAAAUCAUCAUCAACCACAUUUACAUCUUCCAACGCCUACAACACUCGGUCCGUCAUCUGGAACAAUAACUCCAGGAGCUGUCACUCCUGGACCAUUAACAUCCAAUUCCGCUUCAGGAAACGACGAAAGUUGUCGACUUCAAUAA